GGAGUGUGUGUUGAAAACACUCCAUCCGUCCUCCGUCUGCGGCGUCACAUUUGGUUUCCUUUCCUGUUUUGCGCUUCUAAUCGCUACAAUUCUUUGAUCACGAUCAUCAAUUUGAUCACGAAUCUUUUAUUUUAGUUUUAUUGCGUCAUAGGAUGUUUCUUUCUGUGUUCCGUCCAGAGAGAACCGCCUCUUCCUUUCUGCUACAUUGUUUCAUUAACACCAGCAGCGGUCUUCCAGCGCCCUCGAACAAGAUGGACUUGCAAUAAAAGCCGCAUAAAUGCGACUUCAAUCAAUCAUCCGUCUGGAUUUAGAAAUCGAAAAAGCCCGGUCUGCGGUGCUGCCGAGAUGAAGAGCCCAGGUGCCUCAGGGGGCCACCGGCUGGCCCUCCAGUUGGACGACGCUCUGAACGUGGAGGCGCGGCACUGGAACGUCCCGCUCCAACCAGGCGACCGCGUCCAGGGUACAGACAUCAGCCUGCCUGAGUACCGUGACCUGGUGCUGUGGCUGGGAGAGAUGGGUCGCCUGUUCCACUUUCUCCCAGAGACCUUCGCCCUGGGCGUGUGUGUCCUCAACCGCCUUCUGUCCAAAGUCAAGGCUCAGCCCAAGUACCUCAAGUGCAUCGCCCUCACCUCCCUGAUCCUGGCAGCUAAAAUCAAUGAGGAGGACGAGGUGAUAGGCUCUGUUAAGGACCUGGUGGAACGCAGCGGCUGCCAUUUCUCCAUCGCCGAGAUCCUUCGCAUGGAGCGGAUCAUUCUCGACAAGCUGCACUGGGAUCUGUACACAGCGACACCGGUGGAUUUCAUUCACAUAUUCCACGCCCUGCUGGUCGCCGAACACCCCCAGUUCGUCCUGUCCAUUGACCCGGGUCUGGGUCCGCAUCAGAAGAGACCCCCGGGCUUCCAGGUGGCGUUGUGGACCAGGCAGGUGCAGCACUGUAUGGCGUGCCACCAGCUGUGGCAGUUCAAGGGCUCCACGCUGGCCUUGGCCAUCAUCACCUUGGAGUUGGAGGCGCUCACUCCGGACUGGUUCUCUGUGUUCAGCGGCCUGUUGAGGAAAGCGCAGGUGGAGAGCUCAGAGUUCAUUCAGUGUAAAGAGAUGACGGAUCAGUACCUGAGCAGCCUAGAGUUCUCCCUACCGGCCAACGCCAUCUACAUCUUCGACUCUUCAGCGGUCGGGCCGCCAGAGGGGGUGGUGUCGGUGGAGGGGAGCAGGGGACAGCGCUGUCCCCAUAGAGCGACUUCGAAGGGCCCGAGAGACGCGGGCGACCCUGACGAGUAUUACGACGGCUUUGGGUGUUUGUACGACGAGGCCGGGGCCCGCCAAUCGCCCUGCCCCCCACUCCAGUCCCCGGUCAACCAGUAGUGCCUGGCCCCACACACGCACCAUCUCCCCCACUCGCCAGUUUUGCGGGUGCCCUUUGUUCUUUGUAUUGUUUUUAUUUAAGAUGGUCGAAUUGAAGGUGUAUUGAAGCCAGUAGGGCGACUAUUUCAAACUUUUCUGUUCCUAUAACCUUUUUAAUGUAUAUUUAUCUAACUGUGUGUGUGUCUGUUUGUAUGUGUGUGGGUGUUUCAAUGCUACAGUUCCUUCCACACGUAGCAUUUCCUUUUAUACAUGUGUGAGGAGACUCUUUUCUUAAAUGUUUGGAGAAUGAGAUGCGCAGUUGGAAGAUUUUUUUUGUUGUUGGAAAACAUGAGGGGAGAGAUUGUGGUGCUCUUUCUUUCCAGAGCUAUUUAGCACUUUGGUAAGACAAGCUUUUCGAUAUAGCUAUAUAAACGAAUGAUUAAGAAAAGAAAUAUUUUUUUAAAAACUUUUAUUUGAUUUCUUUAUUUUUGUAUGUAGUGUUCUCAACGUAUCUACUGUAACAAACUGUAAUAAGCUCUUUAAUGUUUUACGAGUAUAAACAAACGCUGUGAUCUUUCUUUCCUUGUAUAUCCCUGUAUCAUAUCACAAACGGCAAACCAGUUAAAAGGUUAUGUUGUGUUCACAUUUUCAAAGUGCACCUUAAGAGAUACUUCUCAACCUGGGCUGAAAUAUUUUUUGGUGUCUACAAGUCGGUCAACACUAGACUGGUUUCACUGAUCCCUGAAUGCUAACAGUGCUAACGUGCUGACUCCAUUGCCAUAAGUUAUUGGCAAAAAUCUAUUUUUUAGGACUGCAAUUCUGUCCAAGGAUUUGAACCCAGAGCUUCGACCUCAGCCAUGUUGUCUCUGUGAAUCCAUGCUUUUUUGUUACCUGACUCCUGCUGGAGGUGUACAAUAACAAACAGUUUUUUAUUUCCAUGUGAUUACAGAAAUAAGGCAGCUAUAUAGGCUACUAUUUAAAAUUAUAAAAAUGUUAACUUCCAAAUAAACUGGAGUUGAAACACUUUGUCCAAAUGCCAUGAACAUUUUGUGGGUUAAAAACAUGUUUUGUCGAUUUCACUUUCCUUUUAGUCUGCAAAAAAACCUCAUGCUUUUAUAGAUGCAAUAUUUUCUCCUGUAGUUCAUGGUCAGCACAUGGGCUUGUGUCAAUUCCUUCCACACAAAAGAAACCUAAUCUCGAGACUUGAACUGCUUCAAAUUUAAA